CUUGUGGACGUAAUUUACAAAAUACUUUAAAUUUGAGCGUUGAAAUUGUUUUCCAUCGAUCCCUGAUUCGGAGACCUAUACAAAGAUUUGAAUUAAGGAAAGGAAUCCGAGCUAUGAUAUAUAUUAAUACAAUGGCAAUGUUUCGCAUCUUCACCGCGUGGAUUUUGACUUGCGUUAUAGUUUCGUCACGAUACUUAGCAUCCGAAGCCCAGAUUCGGCCUCUGACAUUUGCAAUGCGAAAAUUGGCAUUUUCCACGAACCAGUUUGGAAUUGAUCUGUACAGAGCUUUGAAAGUACCGAAAAAUGAAGGAGUUGCUUUCUGUCCUUUUUGCAUCAGUACAUCUUUGGCGAUGGUCCUUCUUGGAGCACAAGGGAGAUCAGCGAAUGCUUUGCAACAGGCCCUUUAUUUAUGGGGCGUAAGACAAGAAGACGUUCACAUUGCCUUCCAUGACUUGUUAAUUCAUCUUCGGGACAAUCUUCAAGUAACUCCUGGUCAUCACAUUGCAGAUCAUAUGGCAAGUGGCAACGGAGGUUACCGUCAAGAAUAUGGUGUUCAAGACUUCGAGAUAUUACUUUUCAACAGCAUCUAUGUGCAACGAGAAUACAGCAUUUUGUAUCACUAUCAGAAAUACUUACAUAGCUUUUAUAAUACAUCUGUUCAUCCUCUAGAUUUUAGCAUGUAUGGAGAAGAAAGCAGAUUACAUAUAAACGCUAUUGUUGAAAAACAAACGAAGAGUAACAUCAAGAACAUACUGUCUCAACCUUUGCCAAAAACAACAAGUGUUCUUCUACUAAACGCUUUAUCCUUUGAUGGUGUGUUAGACAUGACUGGUUCAACAGUAAAUCCUGCACCAGAAGAUAUUCACAGAAAUUCUCAGUACAAUCCAUUUGGACCUCCAGGACCUUUCGCACCAAACGGACAUCACUCUUUUGGUUUAAACCACGCUUUCCAACCUACCCACAGCAGGCUACCCCCUAUGAAUGGCCCAGCUUCUUACUAUGCCCCUUCAUUUGCUCAGGUGAUGCCAUAUGCUGCUGCAACACCAUACAACUCUCACAAUUUCAUAACAGCUCCAACAAGAACAAGACAAGGAGGUCUCCGACAUGGAACUUAUGAUUAUCUCGGAUGUACUGGUGUAGAGGUUCCAUUUAGAAGUGGUAUGCUUUCUUUGGUUCUUUUGAUCCCCUCUGAUACCAGCAGUAUCAACAUGCUAGAGACCAGACUAAAUGCUCAACACAUUACAGAUAUUUUGGGAACAAUGCAGUCAAAGCAUGUCAUACUGGAAAUGCCACAUAUUUCGGUUGAAGAUAGCCCAAAGAAUCUAACACAGGCUCUCUUCCGAAGUGGGCUAGUCGAUCUUUUCACGCCUGGCUUUGCAGAACUUCUUGGGAUGAGUGAUUUCCGCUGGCUUCACAUCACCAACCUGAUCCACAAGAUAAACGUCAAUGUAAAGAAUGGCAACGGAAUGAAUCAGCAGCAACCCGCUCCACCCAGUGGCCAAGAAACGAUUCACAUGAACAUCCAAGACAAACCUUUCCUCUUCUUUAUCAUCGACAACAUCUCUGGAUUAGCCUUGGUGAUGGGCAAAAUGGCUAGUCGAAGGUUAUAG